GGCCGGAGCGGGGCCGGGGCCGGGGCCGGAGCGGGAGCCCCGGGGCCAGAGCGGGGCCGGGGCCGCUCCCCCGCCAUGUCCAAGCUGCUGCCGGCGCAGGAGGCGGCCCGGAUCUACCACACCAACUAUGUGCGGAAUGCGCGGGCCAUGGGGGUGCUCUGGGCCCUCUUCACGCUCUGCUUCUCCAUCCUGAUGGUGGUGACCUUCAUCCAGCCCUACUGGAUCGGCGACAGCAUCGACACGCCGCAGGCCGGCUACUUCGGCCUCUUCUCCUACUGCAUCGGCAACGCGCUCACCGGUGAGCUCAUCUGCAAGGGCAGCCCCCUGGACUUCGGCACCAUCCCCUCCAGUGCCUUCAAAACUGCCAUGUUCUUCGUAGGCAUCUCCACCUUCCUCAUCAUCGGCACCAUCCUCUGCUUCAGCCUCUUCUUCUUCUGCAACGCAGCCACCGUGUACAAAGUCUGUGCCUGGAUGCAGCUGGCAGCGGCUACAGGGCUGAUGAUUGGCUGCCUGAUCUACCCUGAUGGCUGGGACUCGAGCGAGGUGAAGAGAAUGUGCGGGGACAAAACUGACAAAUACACCCUGGGCGCCUGCACCGUGCGCUGGGCUUACAUCCUGUGCAUCAUCGGCAUCCUGGACGCCCUCAUCCUCUCCUUCCUGGCCUUCGUGCUGGGCAACCGGCAGGACAACCUCCUCCCCUCGGAUUUCAAAGUGGAGAGCAAAGAAGAGGAAAAUGACUGACAGAGCUGAUCACCCUGGACAUCCAGAGCUCUUCUUCCAUCAGCCCUUUUCUUUGAAGUGACUCUUCUAGGAAGCUAAACUUACCAAAUUCUGUGGAUUUUCUACAGCCGUUUUCUUCACCCAUGGGGCUGCUCUUGGCUCACAGCUCUUGUGGAGCUUAUUUGGUGGAAAGAGCCCAAAAUGGACAUAAGAGUUUUCCAUAAGAGAGUCCAUCAGCAAGAGGGACAAGAGGGCAAGGAUGGCAACUUGCUGCUUUUUGGGGGGUUUGUACACCUUCUUUCAAGGAAAUUAAUUAAAAAAAAAAACCCCAAAAACACCAAAACAUCA